UGUGCAAGUGAUAGAGAGACGCAGGCUAGUGGCUGUGUGUGAGUCUGUUUCUUUCUUCACCUAAUAUAUUUGAACUUUGUCUGUCUACUCAUUUAGAAGAAAUGAUUUGGGUUCUUUGUUAGUAUUGGUAUUUGCUCAAGGAACAGGAAGGACAUGACUUCUCUCUGGCUUGAAGCAGCAGCCUGAAACUGGAGGAAAGAUUUGAUUUUUUUGCUUCUUCUGUUUUGGGUUCUUCACAGAGACGUUCCUUGAAUAAAAUGCUCUACAUUUAUGUUUAAUAUGGAAGUAUUUGCAACUUCGGUCUUUGAUUCAUGUAGAAAGAAGACAACUUUAGUCUCCAAGAGAUUGGAAUAGGUGACGUUGUGAUUCUUUAGCGUCUUUCUCGUGAAGAUUUUGAGUUGAAAUUCGAUUUUCAUCUCCCGGUUAUUCCUUAUAGUUUCGGUUUUGGAACCACUUGAAAGCUUCUCCUUCACUCUCUCGGAUUUUCAUAUUUGCGUUUGAGAUUUGAGGUUCUUCCCUCCCCAGCAAUUUGAAGUGUUUUAGCAGAAUCUCUUUCAUUCAUUCAUUUUGAAGCUGGAGUCUUGUUUUGGGGUUCUUUUGGUUUUGAGCUUCUGCUAUCAUUUAUAGGAUCUUGGUUCUGUGGGCUUUUUAUGGUCCUAUGGAGAAAAGAAGAUACAGUUCCCAACUUACCAGCAAAGUCACAGCUCUGCUUUUGCUGUUGAGUUUUUGCUUUCACCCCAUAGUUGUACAGUGCCAAGAAAGUAAUAUUAAGAUGACAAGGCACCUCUCCUCCGAAACUCCGCCUUCCAGGUCGCCCCAGUUUCACACUGGACUCAAAAGAAUUCUUCUUAGCAUCGGUUUAGGAGUCUUAACUGGAUUAACAGGAGCCGUUCUUUGCGCUUGUGUGGUCCGUUUUUUUGUCCGCUACAUGAACCGAACUCCAAUCCUCAAAGGCCCUGUUACAUUUUCCCCAAAUAUCGCUCCAAAAACUCUUCAAUCAGCUCUUGCAAGCGAAAACCAGUUACUGGGUUCCAGCUCAAAUGGUAAGUAUUACAGGAAAGUGCUAGAUAAUGACCUCACAGUUGCUGUCAAGAGGCUCGAACCAUUUGAGAAUGGUUCACCAGAGAGGCAGAGCAAGGCUGUCAAGCGAAGGAUACAGCAGGAGCUGGAAAGGCUAGCCAGUUUGAGGCACAGGAAUUUGAUGAGUUUACGGGCUUAUGUUCGAGAAUCUGAUAGAUUUUCUCUUGUCUACGAUUAUGUCCCAACUGGGAGUCUUGAAGAUGCAAUGAAUAGAGUGAGGGAUAAUCAGUUGCAGCUCGGAUGGGAAGUUCGGCUUCGGAUUGCAGUUGGGGUUGUUAAGGGGCUUCGAUAUCUUCACUUUGAAUGUGUCCCUCAAAUUUUGCAUUAUAAUUUGAAGCCCACAAAUGUGAUGUUGGAUGCUGAGUUUGAGCCGAGGUUGGCAGAUUCUGGGUUGGCUAAACUCAUGCCUAAUUUGGACAGAACCACAUCUGGCUACAGUGCUCCUGAGUGCUUCCAGAAUUGCAGGUAUACUGAAAAGAGUGACAUCUUCAGCUUUGGGAUGAUAUUGGGUGUUUUAUUAACUGGGAGAGACCCGACCGAUCCAUUCUUCGGGGAAGCAGCCAGUGGAGGUAGUUUAGGUCAUUGGCUUCGGCAUUUGCAGCACGCAGGGGAGGCAAGGGAAGCACUGGAUAAGAGUAUUCUUGGGGAAGAAGGUGAGGAAGAUGAGAUGCUCAUGGCAGUGAGAAUAGCUGUUGUUUGCCUGUCAGAUUUGCCUGCAGAUAGGCCUUCAAGUGAUGAGCUUGUCCUAAUGCUAUCCCAACUGCACAGCUUUUAACAGGAAUUGUAAGUAUAUUUGCCAAACUGUAGCCUGCAAAUUUUGGAAAUUUGAUUUUUUUGCUUUAAGGGCUUUGGUCUGCCAUUCUUAUUCGCUAAAAAAUUGCGGAAAAAGGCCAUUUUUGUUUAGUUUCCACUGCUUGAUGAAAUUUUUAUGAUUUUCAUUUCUAUCACAGCAUAUGGUUUUAUGUAAUUGAUGACUUUGUGACUAAAGCUGUAACUCCGGAAUCAAGAUUGAUAUAGUCAAGAGAAUUACUAACCACAUAGAAGAGACUAUUCUAUCGACGACUACUCCGUGGGACACAUCUCUAUUAUUGUGUUCUCAACUAAUUAUGGUGGGGCUUUGUUGGCUAUCUUUAUUUGGACAAAGCUUUUUUAAAAUUACAGCUCCUUUUACCUUAAAGAAAAGUUCAUGCACCCUUCUUUUUAUCCACAUGGGCCAUGCUAAUAUUAAAGCAUUGCAUGAAGGUUUAAACUUUUUUGCCUCAAAUCAGAACUUUGAUGUAGUGGUGUUUGUUGAUUGCUUGCUAGCAAAAUGUCAAUGUUUUAAGAUAGUAGCUUUUCAUAUUUAGCUUCUUUAAGUGUCUGUUUCAUGAGUAUUGCAUUCAGAAACCUUCAUAUGUAUACAUGUUUGUAUUCAAACUCUCUCUCUGCAAAAAUUAACAUAUGGGUAUGUGCGUGAUUCGCCUGAUUUGAUUACUGUGAUAUUGUUGGAGAGCUAGGGUUUGAAUUAAGCUUAGUACUUGCUGAAUUGUGUGACAAAAUGUCACCCCAUGAAGCGUGCAUGUCUGGGGAGCAUGAAAAGAAUGUCAAAAAAAAGAUGGUGGGAUGCAGGAUGUUGUGACCUGCAGAGAGUACAGAGAGAUCUCAGUCAUGCUGCUUGGGUCCUGAAGUAGCAUGCUUCAAAAGGGUGACUGUUAUGGUCCCGGGUCACAGACUGUAUCCUGUUGUUAUGGAUUUGGUCUAUCCGUUAUCCACUAUAGAAGUAACCGGAUAAAAAAGCCUGGGUUAGAAAACCGGGUAAGAAUUCACUCUCCUGGGGGAUUAUUGGCAUGGUCAGAUUAUGCUGAAUGGAUGAUUAUUCCAUGUCUGCAAACUUUAUUGUUUAAAUGAAGCAGGGUUGGAGUUUAGUGUGUAAAAUAAUUUGUUGAUCAAAGGUAUUUGUAUUUGGUUAGUUGUGUUGGGAGGAUGGGAAAAUGAUAGUGAUAGGGACAUUGUAUCAACCAAUUUCUAAAUCAUGCCCAUCUCAAUCAUAUAUCAACUAUGAUUUUAGCGGUUGUUUGAUCACGCACACCAUCAACGUCUAUCUAGGACUGGAUGUAGAAUUCAAUUACCACUUAUCUGUAGCCUUACCAAUUUUUUGUUGU